ACUUUCCAGGAGAUUCACACCGAUCGGGAUGGGGACUGGGGAGGGGUGGUAACUCUGGUCUCGGGUCUGGAUGUGGUGUAGACGCUGUGACUCAUUCCCCACCCCACCCCCCAGGAGUGUGAAGCUGGCCUGAACUUCGCCAACGAACAGGAGGCGGACGACUUCCAUAGCAUCAUUCAGGAGAAGAUUCGACUCCGGCAAACCCGACACGAGAAACGGCACCAUGGCCCCCCUCCUCCGCCCCAGGUCCCGGAGGGCAAGAGACCAACAAUGCCUCUCCCCCAGGUCCCAGCGAUGGAUCACAGUGGCUCCGAGCUCCAGUCUGCCCCGACCUCUGGCUCGCUGCUGAUGCCCACCAUGCCGAUCCAGAAUCCGGAUAUCACCUCAUACCGGUACCGGGGCUUACCGGCCUCUGCGCCCGUGGACAAGAAGAAGGCCAAAGGGAAGGGCAAGAAGAAGAUGACCAAGGCCGACAUCGGGGCGCCUUGCAACUUCCAGCACGUUGGACAUGUGGGAUGGGACCCCAACAGAGGAUUUAAUGUUAACGAGAUGGAUCCGGACCUGCGGAACCUUUUCCAAAAGGCUGGUAUCAGCGAGGAUCAGAUGACGGAUGUCGAGACCUCGAAGGUGCUGUACGACUUCAUCGAGCGGCAGGGCGGCCUGGAGGUGUGAAAAAGGAGAUGGCAGAGACAAGGUGACGGGCGAGGGUUGUGUGGCCUGGGUUCGCCCGCUGCGCCAGAUGUUUUGCCUAAGAUGAUCCCACUAACGAAAUCUUUUUCUCUCAUUCUUCCCUCAAAUCUAGAUAUGGCUCCGCCCCCACCAACUCGCUCUGGACCCCUGCCCCCUGUCCCACCUCCGUCCAGCCGGGCGAGGCAGGGUCCCCUCCCGCCUCUGCCUUCAACGGCCGCGCCCCAAGCCCCCUCCCCGGGCCGCGGGCCGCUCCCUCCACCACCCCAGAGGGGACCGCCACAGAGGUCCGCCCCGCCGCCCUUCAACCGCUCCACCGGCCCCCCUCCCCCUCCCCCUCCUGCCCCGGUGUCGGUGGGUGGCCCUGCACCGCCCCCGCCCCCGCCGCCGCCCCCACCCCCGCCCCCACCCCCGGCCUCCUCGGGACCCGCUCCUCCCCCGCUCCCGGCAGGGGGCGCACGGAAACCGGACUUGUCCGGCUCCGGAGGCCGGGGGGCUCUGCUGGACCAAAUCCGCAGCGGCAUCCAGCUCAAGACGGUGACUGACACACCAGAGCCGGCGCAGGCCCAGGAACAGGACGGAGAGGGUUUAGUCGGAGCCCUGAUCAUGGUGAUGAAGCAGAGGAGCAAAGUGAUCCACUCAUCCGACGAAGGAGACGACGAUGCAGGAGAUGACGAGUUUGAGGACGACUGGGAUGAUUAACUGGUUUCGCAGGGACCAGUGGAUCUACGCAAAGCACCAGCACUCUCCCAACAAUUCUCAAAUCGCACUGCACGGUCAUCUUAAUGUGAGGGCAUGUGUGGCAUUGAUCAGAGUGGUUGCUGGGUGCAUCAUCUAAUGCCGUGAAGCUCCCGCCACACCGUCCCAUCACACACUCCCGGGGUCAGACACAGAGUGAAGCUCCCUCCACACCUUCCCAUCACACACUCCCGGGGUCAGACACAGAGUGAAUCUCCCUCCACACCGUCCCAUCACACACUCCCGGGGUCAGACACAGAGUGAAUCUCCCUCCACACCGUCCCAUCACACACUCCCAGGGUCAGACACAGAGUGAAGCUCCCUCCACACCGUUCCAUCACACGCUCCCGGGGUCAGACACAGGGUGAAGCUCCCUCCACCCCGUCCCAUCACACACUCCCGGGAUCAGACACAGAGUGAAACCCCCUCCACCCCGUCCCAUUACACACUCCCGGGGUCAGACACAGAGUGAAAACCCCUCCACCCCGUCCCAUUACACACUCCUGGGGUCAGGCACAGAGUGAAACUCCCUCCACACCGUCCCAUCACACAUUCCCGGGGUCAAACACAGAGUGAAGCUCCCUCCACACCAUCCCAUCACACACUCCCGGGGUCAGACACAGGGUGAAGCUCCCUCCACCCCGUCCCAUCACACACUCCCGGGAUCAGACACAGAGUGAAACCCCUUCCACCCCGUCCCAUUACACACUCCCGGGGUCAGACACAGAGUGCAACUCUCUUGCCACGACCGCCUGCAGUCGAUGCUCUCUCUCUGACCAAGCCAACCCUGCAGCAUUUUCCUCUGCCUGCACCAACAAUGCAGCCUCCUUGAAGGCUUUGCCAGCCUCUGGUGCCACUAACUGCUCCAAAUGCAGUGCCUGUUCCUUUACUAGAAUAUCCAAUAAAAGUUUUCUACUGGU